CGCUGCGCUGACUCGGGGCGCAAGUUUUCCGAGGGGAAUUUCCCGCGGCGCCUCCGCCUCGUGGCUUUUAUGCUCCGUCCUCGGGGGCAUUCCCGGGCUCCCCACAGUCUGGGUAGCCUAGUCUCUCUCUGCCUCCCGGGACGGCGGCUGCUUUGAGGGAAGCCCUUGCUGCAGCCCCAUGGUGCAGAUUCCAGUCUCGGAAGAGGAAGGCUUAUGUAGACAUUUCUAAAUAGCAUUUGUCACCCACCAAAAUCAAACCAUGGUGAUCAUGUCAGAUUAUACAACUGUCCCCACCUCAAGCCACAGCCAGCAAAGGCCUCUUCGGGUCGGAUUCUAUGAUAUUGAGAGGACCUUGGGAAAAGGCAAUUUUGCUGUAGUAAAACUGGCCAGACACAGAGUCACCAAAACGCAGGUUGCAAUAAAAAUUAUUGACAAAACACGGUUAGAUUCAAGCAAUUUGGAGAAAAUCUAUCGAGAGGUUCAGAUUAUGAAGCUUUUGAACCACCCCCACAUUAUCAAGCUGUAUCAGGUUAUGGAGACAAAAGAUAUGCUUUACAUUGUAACUGAAUUCGCAAAAAAUGGAGAAAUGUUUGAUCACUUGACUUCCCAUGGUCACCUGAGUGAGAGCGAAGCACGGAAGAAGUUCUGGCAGAUCCUUUCAGCUGUAGAAUAUUGCCACAGUCAUCAUAUAGUGCACAGAGACCUCAAAACGGAGAACCUGUUGUUAGACGCUAACAUGAACAUCAAGCUUGCAGACUUUGGGUUUGGAAACUUCUACAAAUCUGGAGAGCCUCUCUCUACGUGGUGUGGGAGCCCACCUUAUGCAGCCCCUGAAGUCUUUGAAGGAAAGGAAUAUGAAGGUCCGCAUCUUGAUAUAUGGAGCCUUGGCGUUGUGCUUUAUGUCCUUGUCUGUGGCUCUCUGCCAUUUGAUGGACCCAAUCUGCCAUCUUUAAGACAAAGGGUGCUCGAAGGACGAUUCCGCAUUCCCUACUUCAUGUCACAAGACUGUGAAACGCUGAUUCGACGAAUGCUGGUUGUAGAUCCCACAAAACGAAUCACAAUUGCCCAAAUAAAGCAGCACAAGUGGAUGCAGGCAGACCCUUCCCUUCAGCAGCAGCAGUCUUUGUCAUUCUCCAUGCAUAACUACAACUCUAACCUGGGUGACUACAACGAACAAGUCCUUGGGAUCAUGCAUACUCUUGGGAUUGAUAGGCAGAGAACAGUUGAGUCUCUACAAAACAGCAGCUACAAUCACUUCGCUGCAAUUUAUUACCUUCUCCUGGAGCGUCUCAAGGAGUACCGAAGCAAUCAGUUGUCAAAUCGCCCAGUAAGCAGCCGUCAGCAAAGGCCAAGGAGCUCAGACUUCAGCAACAUUGAGUUGCCUCAGGACAGCCUUGCCAGCGAGACCUUGAGAUCAUCUCUGUUCUACCAGCAGCCCCAGAAUCUGAUUCAGUCGCCCUUGCAGGCAGAAAUGGAUUGUGACAUAAACAACCCAUUACAGCCUAUGUUCUUUCCCGUGGACCCGAACUUCAACAGUCUUUUUCGGAAUCGCUCAAUCUCUCCAAACAGCCUCCUGGAAACCACCAUCAGUGAGGAGGUCAGGCAAGACAAAGAGCUGGAGGAGGAAAUUAAAGCCUUCAACCCCAUUCGCCUCCCCAUCAACACAAGCCGAAGGCACACGCUGGCUGAAGUGACAACUCAUUUUUAUCAGUGUUCUCCACCAUGUAUAGUCAUUUCCUCUUCCGCAAGCCCUACGGAAGGAACCAGUUCUGACAGCUGCCUCACUUCAUCAGCAAAUGAUGGCUCUGUGGCUUUGAGCAACUGUUUGGAAGAUCAGAUGAUGCUUGGUCACCCAUCGACAGCCAGAGUUACAUCAUCGUUUCCGACUUCCCAUUCGGACACACCCGUAUUGCAGGCUCAGGGCUGUCUGGGUGGUGCUUCUCUGUUGCCGGUCAGUUUCCAGGAAGGAAGGAGGGCAUCUGAUACCUCACUAACUCAAGGCUUGAAGGCGUUUAGACAGCAGCUACGGAAGAAUGCUAGAGCCAAAGGUUUUCUGGGACUGAAUAAAAUCAAAGGGCUCGCUCGCCAAGUGUGCCAGUCCUCAUCUGCUCGGGUAGCACGGAACGGCACGAGUCCUUUCCAGCAUUCUCAGCAGAGUGCCUGCGUAUACAGCAGCGGGGGAAAUGGUGGCAGCGGCGUAAGCAGCAGAGAGAGCAGGAACCUCCUUGAAGAGGUGCUUCAGCAGCAGAGAAUGCUCCAGUUACAACAUCACCAGCCAGCCUGUCACCAACCUUCUCAGGUGUCCCAGUCGCACACCAUCCUCAUGCCUGACACUACAGGAAGCAAAGCAUCCAGUUCCUUCCCCCUGUCCGAACUGCAGAGCGAGAACUCAUUAGAGUUUGCCUUCCGCAACACCCAGUUUCUCCAGCCUCACCUGUUUGGAGUCAGUGUUUCUCCAGUAACUUCAGCUGCUCACCUCCUAGACACCCACCUGCACAUCAGUAGCAAUGUCUCCCCCAUCGCCUCCAUGUUUUCUCAGCAGAAUGGCUUUGCUGUGCAAUCUCCGAGCUAUGAUGCAGUUACUUUGCAGCAUGGGGACUUUGAAAUGGAGGACCUUACAUCUACCCAGAUGGGGAAGUUCGUCUUAGUCAAAUAAGAUUCGCCUCCCCCUUUCCUGCUCUCCAGUUCUCGUGGUUCACACAUCUCUCUUUUGGAAGAGUGUGCUGCUCUCGCUACGAUCUGCAGAUGGGUGAUUUUUAUUAUUUUUUGCAACAGUAAAAACUCAGAAGCAAUAACCUGUUUGAAAUAUGUGAAGAGGCCAUUUGGCUUAGUAAAGCCCCGAACUUUAUAGAACUAAAAGAAAAAAGCAAUACUUGCGUCUUUUGGCUUCAACUGUACUUGCACUGAACAAAUGUAACCAGAAACUGAAAGGAGAAAAAAAAAUUUUUUUGUUUUUGGAAGAAAAGAAUGACAGGGAAGUGGGGGUGGGGUGGGGAGGGCACAGGAGAACACUUUUCUGGUACUGUAUUAAAGUCAGGCAAAUACAGCUCUGCUGUUAUGCAAGACUUUGACGGCUGUCAAUGGUUGUGGUGUAGCAGGGGAAGGCUUUUCAAAGAAGGGACCAGAGCCACCCUAUUCACAAUAUUUGUUUAUGGAUUUGUGAAGACGAUAAUUACCUCUUUUCUUAAAGACGACAAGCAAGAAAAAACCGCCACCCACAAACAUAAACACAGAUGCUUUUGUGUCACAUUAAUCGUUGAUAGGGGAAUAAUGACAAAAUUAUUACGCAUUAUUUGUUUUUAUACUCGUGUUAAAGGAAACAAUACCUCUCUUUACUUUAUAUUCUCCCUUACUCAAAGGUUUAUACCUUAAGAGGAAACUGUGAACUUUUCUGCAUAGUCUCUCACUUGUAGCAGCUAAGGGUAGUUUGUAUUCAUUAGAAGCAAUUAAUUUGUCCUCUGGCGGUUCUGUUACCAGACUACAAAUUGUGUUCCUGCCUUUCUCUCUUCCGGUGGUGGUGAGGUUCAACAGUAGGAAAAUGUCUGUGCAUCAAUGAGGAGAUGCCCAUGGAAUACCCCAGAGGUGAUGGGAGCAGAAUUGCUAAGAGGUGCUGGUGUGGGAAGGCUUUCUUUUUAAAUUCUUCUUUUACCUCCCUUCCCUCUGCCACCCCUUGAAAAGCACUAUCAAAUGCUUUGAGGUUGCCUAUGGCAUGUCUCUCAGUGCUGCACACAGUUAAUGCCGCUGCUAAUGAGGUUUUUAUGCAUUUCGUUAUCAGGGUCCAAACUGAACCGUCUCGUUGGGGAAACGUGCAAUAUUCAAAAGGUUGUGACAAUUAUACUGACAGUCAAAAGGAAAUAGGAUAGCACAACUUGAUACUCUUCGUAAACAGUCGUUUUUUGAACAAACUAGUUUAAGUGAGAUGAACAGCACAACUUCUGGGUUUUGUUUUGCAUACUAAUAGACGAGAGGGUUGUUGUUUUUAUUUUAGGCAUUUUUAUUUGCGGUUUUAAUAUUCUGUGUGCGUGCGUGCGUGCGUGCACACAUACAAGACUCGGAAGACAAUAUACACUACUUGGCUUUUGAAAUAAGCUUUUUGGAGUUCCCUGGCAUUUGCUUCCUCUGACCAGAGAAUGACUUUUGUUGAUACCAGUGGAAGCCUGGCAAUGGAUGUCACAGGGAGCAGGGAGACCACAGCAGGUCUUCCUUUGACCUAAUAGAUAGUUGGCGGGGGGAAAGAGGGCGGAAGAUCAAUUGUCAGUAGCAGGUGAGCAAGCUUGGCCAAAAUUACCAUUCAAAUGUCUGAAAACAGCUUCAUUCUGUCUAACACUUUUAAGGACCCAUCUCUAAAUGUAACACAGGGGUGCCUUCAAGUUACUAUACUGCUUCUUGCAACCUGCAGUGUUAUAUAUGUAAAAAAAGAAAAAGAAAAAAAGCUAUUUUUUUAAAUAAAUAAGCCAAAGACUGUCUGUCUGUGGUGGUGUUGGUGAGGAGGGAGAUAAAGUUGUAUAGAUCUAUCUGUGGCUUUUCAACCUCUUUAUCUGUGUACAGUAUCUAUAUUGACGUGUCUUCAGUUUGCUGCUGCUGCUUUGUGUUCUGGAAUAUCCAAGUUACCUUGUAAUCACUCUGUACAACCUUCUCUCUGACUGGUGCCUUUCGGCAGAGAAAAUACCAGACUCAUGCUAACUUGCAAGGCGCUUUGGUGUGUGGUUUGUAGGAGUGGCUACAAGGAGUGGGAGCAAGAUCCGUCACAAAGCAGCAACGUUGCCUUCAUUUUCGUAAAACAGUAGCAACAUGUUAUUUUAUGAACUGCAAUCCCCACCCCACCCAUUUCUGUCUUUUUACUUUAUUUUCUACCAUAGAUCAAGAGGCCACAAAAAACAACUUUUUGUUCUAAGCAAUGACAAGCACUUUACUUCUUGAGCCCCCCCUCCCCAAUUGCUAUAGAAAAUGCUUUGAAACUAUUCUGAAGUAGAAAAAGGUCAUUUUCAACAUUUCAGGGUUUGUGUCUCCUUCCCCCUCCCCUUGUAGUGUUCUUGACAGUACUGUUUUGCAGACUGCAAUGCAAUAGAUUAUUUAAAUACACUAUGUGAUUGGUUUAAUUAAGAUGUAUAGUUUUAUUUUUUAUCAUGACGAGAUCAUUUUGUUUCUUAUGUUAAAGAGAUGUACACCAAAAUGAUAAGUUGUGUUUUAUUUAAUAUUUAAAUAAACAGUUGUUGAAAUAAUUUA